AUGGUUAUUCUCACAGUCAAGCACGGCACCGACCUCCAGUUUCUCUACGAAUGCACCAACAAAACUCCAAUAAGAGAGCUCAAAGAAGAUCUUCGAAAAAUUUACAACGGUCGACUGAAAAUCGAGCGAAUCGCAACAGAGUUAGAGCAGCUCGCAGAACACGGAACGAUUCUCCCUGAAAACAUGCAAGGAUUGAAUGACAGCCAAGUCGCAGACCUGAAACUGGUCGAUCCAUUCACAGCAAAAUGCAUUCCAAGCGGCGGCUUCGAAAUGAAAAAAGACAUUUACGGCCGACGAAACGGACAAGCGCCAAAUGAAAAGAUGUCGAAGUUGCUAAAGGAUACAGCGCAGAAAGCAAAAGAUCUCGUUUCGAAGAAACGAAUCGACGAAAAGUUCAGCAUGACUUAUGAAACCGUCGACGAAGCCCUCCAGAUCAUGAAAGGAGCCGUGAUGAUCGUGUAUCCUAUGGAUUUGCCUCCUUAUGAUCCCGUCCGAGCAGAACUUGAAAACAAGGAGGACUUGUCUGGUCAACAAGCUUCUAAAUUAGUCAUUCCUGAGCACAGCAUGGCGAUUUGGUGGGCGAACAAAGAACUCCACGACGAAAAGCUCUUGUGCGAUUAUUCGGGAAAGAAUGACCGGACCAAGCUCGCCGUCAAAAUUCAAAAAACAGGUCAAUCAGCGCCGGCACGAGAGCCUGUUGUCACUGAAGAGCAACAAAAGGAAAUGAUGAUGCGCGCCUAUCGACGACAGGAGGAGUUGAAAAAGCUCGCCGAAGCUGAUGGUCACUUUACUUUCAAAAUUCACCAUUAA